CCUGUACCUUCUUUAGUGCACACUAUUUAGGCCUUACGCUUCACCGCGUCAUCAGCGUUUCACGGCUUUUAUUCGAGGUGACGAUGACGUCUGCGUUAAGUUAAAACUGUAGAGGUCCGAAGCUUGGAUUUUGCUAGCAAUACAACUACGUUAGCACAUCAUCAAGAGCAACGAGUCAAGGCUACCGCAGAAAGCAGUAGCCAGGGCGACAUUAUUCAUGCCAUACCAUGAGGUUCAGGCUAAAUACUCCGUUACCAAAACUGAUAUGAUGUAACAAGUUGAAAUUGAGGCUUUAUUCAAUUAAACGACGGCCAAACAUUUGCUGUUCGGCCGAGUUAGCUUGUGAGGCGGUGCGCAGGUUGACCUGUUCUAGUUUCAUCUUGAGCUGAACAGGUGCAUAGCUGCCACAGGGAAACAACACGAGGAAACAACCGAAUAAGCACCAGGACACACCGAAUCACAAUGCUUAAGCGGCUACAAAAGGAGUUAUUAGCCCUGCAAAAUGAUCCACCACCAGGGAUGACGCUGAAUGAAAAAAGUGUACAAAACACCAUAACACAGUGGAUCGUAGAUAUGGAGGGGGCCCCUGGCACACUGUACGAAGGAGAAAAGUUUCAGCUGCUCUUCAAAUUUAGUAGUAGAUAUCCUUUUGAUUCACCUCAGGUAAUGUUCACAGGGGAAAAUGUACCUGUCCACCCUCAUGUGUAUAGUAACGGUCACAUCUGUCUAUCCAUCCUGACGGAAGAUUGGUCACCAGCCCUCUCAGUGCAAUCCGUUUGUCUUAGCAUUAUUAGCAUGUUGUCCAGCUGCAAAGAAAAGAGACGACCGCCGGACAAUUCCUUUUAUGUAAGAACGUGUAACAAAAAUCCAAAGAAGACAAAAUGGUGGUAUCACGAUGAUACUUGCUAAUGUUCAAAGUUUGUAAUCACAGAAGAAAAGUCCUACUGACCUACGUAAAGCACUUUUUAAUCAUUCAGUCUUUGAACUCUGACCUUUGACUGGAACAAUGGACAGACACCAAGGCGCUGGAGGCUCCUGACUGCAUUCCCAAACCCGCUGGGCAGUACAAUGCAUGUUUUAGUCGGUAAUAACAAAGAAUGGAAAACCGUGGAACUUUUUAGAUGCACUCGAGAUGGAUUUUUUUUUCGAGGUGGGGGGAGGGCAAUAGUAAUGCAGUAUGCAAGGUGUAUUUUUGUGUAUUUCCUGUUUUUAAAAUUAUUGUUACAUAUGUACGCGUGUGUGUGUGCGUGCUGACUUGAAAGUCACUGUGUCGUGCAAUAAUAACCAACGGAUGGACGGACGCAUGCUUGGGCCUACAAAUCAAUCUGAGUGGAUUUUUGGAAGGGACCUGACCAUCAUACACCACCCAAGAAAAUGCUUCCUUUUUUUUUUUUUAAAUGACAUUAUAUGCACUGUGAGAGUUUGUAGUUAAGUGGCACUGCCAGUACAUAAUUCCCAACACUGUAAGCGCUCAAAGGUUUUAGUUUUUCCAAGCGUAAACACGACAUUCAUCAGUCCGCUAGGCUGGUCGGGCUGCUCCAUGUGGCAUUAGGUCAAAUUGUAAGCAAACAUGUAUGUGUGUCCAGCCUAAAAAAUGAGCAGGGGCUUUCAUUUAAAGAAUGUUGCAUUUUUCUUUUAAGACUUUUUAAUGCUUCUCAAAUGUCAUUGUUUUUUGUACUGUUUCGGGGCUGGGCUGUUUGAAUGGCUGACUAUAUAUAUUUUUUAUGUGAUAUAUAUAUUUUCAUUGUAUUUAAUUUAAAAAUGUCCUCGAUGAUAGAGAGAGGGAGGAAAAGUAUACAGGAAUGAUGACAACAUGGCUUUGUGAUUCUGCCUGGUCAGCGUUAUGGCUCAGGUAAUUUUUUUCCAAUAAAGAUACCUAUCAGA